UCUCUUUAAUUUCAAAAAGCAGAAAACAACGAAAGCAAGAAAAACAGCAAACAAAACCCACAACGGGAAAAACAUAUAAACACACGGUGGGUUGGGAUUGGCGGACUCACGAGGGGAACCAUGAGACUAUGAGAGCCCACAAGUAGGUCUCUCUCUCUCGUGGGAAACGGAAUCACUCCUCCAACGGGACUUUGUGGCUUCUCUCUCUCUCUCUCUAGGCUUCUCUCUCUUCCCUCCCCAGAUCCAAAGUGAUCCAGCAGAGGGAUGGAAGAGUUGCAGCCUAGAGUUUGAUCUUUCCUUCUUUUGAGGUUUGUCUGGAGAAAUAACUCCCCCAGAUCCGCCGUAUGCUUCAGGCUAAACAUUAUUGUCAAACUUCAUCCACCAGCCAUUAGAAUCUUCUGUGAGGUUUGACCUAAGCGCUGUUUUGGUAUAUGGGUACCAACAGAAAAUGAAGAAUUUUGACUUCAGAACUUAAAAUUCGUGGUCUUUAUCAGAGUCUUCUUUCAGUUGUGACCUUAAGUGUCAUCGUGGGCAGUGGUACCAACAGAAUUUUUAGACAAUUGAGUGCACUAUUUGCAUUUCCUUGUCUUUUUUCAUGUGGAAAGGGCCUCGCUGAGAAAUAGUCUAUAAACUCUAGACGGGAGAAUCAUCAUCUGAAUCUCAAUUGGAAUUCAUUUUCUGGGUUUUAAACUUUCUUAUGGCUGUUGCCAAGAGCAACAGCAAUAAAGAGUCGUCGUUUCAACUGAGCAAUUGUUUCAAAGUCCCAAGCCUUCACAAAACCAUCUUGGGCACAAACCAGGCCUCAAAUUUGAAAGACCAAUACACCCUCGGAGAGCAGUUGGGGUGGGGACAGUUUGGCAUAAUCAGGGCAUGCUCUGAUAGGCUGACCGGUGAGGUACUGGCGUGUAAGUCGAUAGCCAAGGAUAGAUUGGUCACACAGGAAGAUGUGAGGAGCAUCAAACUUGAGUUUGAAAUAAUGACUAGGUUAUCGGGGCACCCAAAUGUGGUAGAUCUGAAAGCGGUUUACGAGGAGGAAGACUAUGUUCAUCUUGUGAUGGAGCUUUGUGCGGGAGGAGAGCUUUUCCACCAGUUAGAGAAAUAUGGCAGAUUCUCUGAGGACAAAGCCAGGGUUCUAUUUAGGCAGCUGAUGCAAGUAGUUACAUAUUGUCAUGAUAAUGGCAUUGUUCAUAGGGAUUUGAAGCCAGAGAAUAUCCUCUUAUCUACGAAAGCCUCCUCUUCGCCAAUUAAAUUGGCCGAUUUUGGUCUUGCAACCUACAUCAAGCCAGGUCAGAAUUUGCAUGGGACUGUUGGUAGUCCGUUUUAUAUAGCACCUGAGGUCUUGACAGGGGGUUAUAAUCAGGCGGCCGAUGUGUGGAGUGCUGGGGUGAUUCUUUACAUUCUUCUCAGUGGGAUGCCACCAUUUUGGGGAAAGACUAAAUCACGGAUAUUUGAUGCUGUUAGGGCAGCUGACCUGCGGUUUCCAUCUGAUCCCUGGGAUUGUGUUUCUGAAUCUGCUAAGGAAUUAAUUAGGGGGAUGCUGUGUAGAGACCCUUCUCAAAGACUCACUGCUCAGCAGGUUCUAGAUCAUGCCUGGAUAAGCCACCCUGCACCACUUUCUAAAGGUUCAUAUGAAUGUCAAAAGCAACAUUUUGGAGUAUCGGAUAUGGCUCCAUUUUCUACCUCUUUUAUGACUAGGAAUCAAGACAUCAGUUUCGGUGCUGGGUCACCUAUUAUAGAUGACGCCCAGUCUCCAGUAUUGACUUGCAGGUCUUCAUUUUCUUCUUUCCUCGUGGAACCAUCAACUCCUUGUUUUGCAUCUGGUGUGUUUUCCUUCCGUAGCAGCAGUGGAUCGAACACCCUGGAAUUCGCCACCCCUAUCUCUUCGAUGCCAAGCUUUGCAUUCUUCAGCCCGGGUUCGGAGUCUGUACAAGCGAAUUGUCCUUUGAAUUUCUCGGCCAAUAUUCCUAGAGUAGGUUUGGUUCAAGAGGCAAGCUCAGGGAAGCUGUUGACCUUACCAGACUCUUCUCUCUGCUUUGGACAUGGAGAGAGAGAAAUAUGUAGUCAGAAGGCAGCGGAGGUUAAAAAGACCGAAGGAAUGGUUGGGUACAGAAUGUCUGGCAUUCACGGCAAAAGGAACCGCACGAUUGGGCUGGGUGAAUUUGAUCAGCUUGAUCUCAUGGUAACCGAAUCUGUUAUACGCUGGGCAUCAUGCACUCAUCUCACCACUGCCACGUCUCUUAGGUCUUCUCUCGUCUGCUGAAACUUAGAACUCCCCGUUGGAAUUGGAUCAUUCGGCUGGAAUUGCCGAAGAUUCAACUUCCGUUUGUGUAUUAAUAUGACCACUCGGGUUUCCGUGUUUAAUGUAACCUUCUUAGGUUGAACGCUGUUGAGCUGCUGUUAGGGAGUGUUUACCUUAUUUUCAAUAGUUGCCUCUGAGUAUUCUUGUACAAAGUUUGGUGGAUUCUAGUGCCCUGUGUGUGUACCAAGUUUUGUAUCGACAUGUAUAAUAGGAAGCACCUCGUGUGUGUGUCUCUC